AUGGAGCAUGUGCUAGCGUGCAACAAUCUGAAAUGUCGGAGUCAAUUGACCCACCAGGCUCUUGUCACAACUUGCAGAUCUGAGCUCCCGACUCCUCAGGAUGCCACUAUCACAAACCUGAAGCCCACCGAGGAAUACAAGACCAGUGUCCUCAGUGGACUCAGUCCAAAUAUCAUCAUGGAGUGCGCGGGCCGCGCUCUAAGCUUCUGGGCAUAUCAGACAACGCAGGACAUAUAUUAUCAUCAACAUCUAUACCAGACUUUGGCGGACAAAUAUUCCGAUCUCCAUGUGCAUUUGGAAAAGACGAUGAAUGAUUCAAAUGCACAAAUUGAGAGACUCCAGGAGAAAGUGAACGCAAUGGCCGCUGAGCAGGAAAACGUGCGUCGAAGGAACGAGGAUAUCUCACAAGCUUACAGAGAAAAGUCCAAGAGGCUGUUGCAGGUCCAAGAGCUAUAUGACAAGGUCAAGUGCAAGGCCGAAAUGUUUCACAUCGAACAUGCAGCAUCCGAAGCUGUCGCCUCGACUGUCCAUAACACCACUCAUCAAGCAAACGACUGCUACAUUGGUUCUGAGCAUGACCGCAGCCUUCUGAUCAAGAACGAUGAUAUACCCGUUUACAAAAAAGCUCACUUUAGCUCUGCAGGUGGCAUGGGCUCGCAUCGUGUAAGCCACAUACGCCACGAUGGAAAGGAGCACGGGUUAGGGGCAGGGAAUCCUCACCAAGAAACCUCAUCAACACCAUCUGGCGGUAGGACAACAAAGAGAAUAGGAUCUACGACAUUGAUGGAAGGUUACAAUCUUGACAGGUAUGCGGGGCCGGCCGUACAUGGGCGAAACUCGGGUCAAAACGACCAGCUGAACAACGCUACGAACUUCGUGGGCAAUCAAACUGCUCUACCUGGUAUCUGA